ACGGACAUGUAUAUGGCAUGAGUUGUGAUCAUAGUAGCAUACAGUAACAUCCGCCAUCUUUCAGUCUGCUUGCACGGUCAAAACUAAAGCGGCAUUAACCAUGAAGGGGUUGACAAUGUCAAGUUUGAAAUCGCAUCCUUCGUUGAUCCCCCUGUUUGUUGCGACUGGUGUGGGAGCUGCUGCAGCUUUCUUUUACACCAUGAGACUCGCCACGAGAAACCCAGAUGUAUGCUGGGACAGGAAGAACAAUCCCCAACCAUGGCAGCAAUAUGAACGCAGGCAGUACAAGUUUUACUCCCCACUCAGAGACUACAGCAAGGAAACGUACCCCAAGGAAAGACCAAGUCUCGACUAAGAUAAUUGCCUGAAUGUGUUUUGUGUGUUUGUGUAAAAGAAUAGAAUCAUUUGAUUUGCUCCAUAAUUCUACAGAAAUCUCUUAUUCAACAGAAAGUUUCCUCUUAGUUGUAAUCUCAGAAGUGAUAAAUCUCCCAUAUGUUAAUUUUUGAAACUAUUGCAAUCUCAUUGUCUGUAUGAAGCAGAUGAUAGAGUCACUAUGGCUCGUCCAACGCACAAAUUGGACAUCUCCACAAACACUUUAUAGGGUUAUUCAUUGUUUAUGGUUUAAAGACGGAGUUUAUAGCUUGGAAAAUUUGUACAUACUGUUCAUGUACCACAUGAGCUAGAAUAAAAAUAUUGAAAGUUGAAA